AUGAUAGAGGUGUUAAUAACUGUAGUACCUGCAGUUUUAUGGCUUUUAUACAGAUUUCUUCUGGUUCUACAAACACCAGCGGAAAAAUUGAUUGAGGAUUUGAAUAUCGAGAUUCCUCAUACCCCAAUAUUAUGUAUCGAUUCCAUUUGUGAAAGAUCUAUUGUGAUUCAUUGGGAUAUUGAAAUCAAAUUCGAUGAAAAUUUGUAUUAUGUGAUUGUCGUGAAUGAACAAGAAGCAGCAACAUUGACUUCUACAUCUUGUAAAUUGAAUAAUUUGACACCGCAUCAACUAUAUCAGAUUGAAAUUAUUGCAGUGAAUUCAAUAACCAAUUUCAAAUCACAAUCCAAGCCAGUGUUUGUUCACACCUCCAGUGAGAAAGGACUUGAUGGGAUUGUCAAUGUCGAUCAUUUGGAAACCGAGGUCAAAGAAAUAGAACCUACAGGGAACUCAGAUCAAUCAUUAGAAACCAUAACCAUAGACCAAAUUAGGAAUAUCAAAGAUUCAAAUUUGUUGAAUGAUUAUAUUGUCAAAUUUCAAAAUGAAUUGGCCAAGACCAAUACUGAAUAUAAACAAUUUCAAUCGAGUAUUUCACAAGAACAAGAGACUUUGCAGCGAGAUUUAAGUCAUUACAAACAAGAAUUUGAAGAAGAAUCAGAUAACAAGUUGAAAAAAGAACACGAUUUAAAAUCAUUGGAAAGGAAGAAAGAUAAUCUUUCAUUUCAAAAAUCAAAAUUAACAACCCAAUUAAAUGCAUUGAAAAACACCCUUUCAUUAUUUAAUACAAAAUUUGAAGAAAAUGAAAAUAAAAUCAAAAAAUUACGUGAAAAAAAUACACAUGCAUUAAAUACGGAAGAUCAAGAAAAGACAAAGAUUAAAGAAGAAAUUGAUUCUAUAAAACAGAAAAUUAAUCAUACCAAAUCGGGUAUGGAAAAAACUGAAGAAAAUAUAAAACUUAUUGCAUUAGAGAGAAAAGAAUUAAUUUCUAUCUUAAACCAGUUAAAACCACUUAUAGAUGCAUUCAACCAAUCAGGGAAUUCCAGUACACCAUCAGAUAUCAAUAGUGUGUCCCAAUUACCACCUUCAUCAACAGCGUCCAAUAACACGUCUGGCUCCAACUCUUCUACGACAGCGACAACAACAACAGCAAAUAACAGUGCUACAUCAGUUUUUAACAGAGAUGGGUCUUUAUCCAAAAGUGCAUUUGAUGCCAUUGUAAAGAUAAUUCAAAUUGUACCAUCAUGGCAAGAUGAGAUUAUGCAUGAAAUCAAUCAAUACCAAGAAUUUGAACAGAAUUGGAAGGAAGCAUUUAGAGCAGAAAUCAAGAAAUUCGUUGCCAUACAUCAAGCUUUAGAGGUUGCAAGAAUGAACUUAGAUCAAAAUUAUCAACCAGUGAAAAUGACAGAAUAUCAGGCAUCAAUAGAAUUUGGAGGUUUUAGCAAUGCUCUACCAAAACCAAAGUUCAAUGGGAAAAGAAACUUAUCACCGACUGAAGAUCAUUUGAAACAAAAUAACAAUUUCUAUAAUUACUAUGGCAAUGUGUAUUCAAAAGAGGAACCAGAUGGUGAAUUGGGACCCCUACAUUCUCAACAGCAAGUGCUCUUACAACAACAACCUCUGCCACCACCAAUUGCUGCUCAAGUAUUGUCCAACAGCGAUUAUUUAUCAAACAAUUCUUUUGGUCAGCAAGAGCAACCGUAUAUCAGUUUGGAUCAGAUUAAUGCCGCCCAUAAUUUAGAUUUGAAUAGUGGCAAUACAAUGAUGCCGAUAGAUACGUCUAUAUCGACAAACAACCUUACAUCUAGUCAUCUUAAUGGAUUUCCGUAUGACGACAAUAUUUACACUAGAGGAAUCAAUUCGCCACUUCCAUUGCACAACGAUGCUGCUUUGAAUUAUGGUGAUUAUAAUUCGUUAUUGUACAGAUACAGUUCACCUUCUUUAACUCAAAGUAACAGUAACUUACCUGAAGGAGUUUGGAACAGCACUACAAAUAAUGGCAACAAUUUAAGUGCCAACGAUUUAUUAAACGCAACACAACAAUCUGGAUUUUUGAUUUCUCCGUCACAAUCUACAAACAUUUGGUUAGAUGAUAAGAGUCAAAGCUCAUUGUUGAAUCCAACAAACGGUACGACACAUACAAGAGCUGUUUCCAGUAAUUCACAGAUUUGGAGAAAUGACACCGCAAGUAUUAAUGGAGGAGGUAGUAAUUCGAUUCGUGGUUUUGAUUUUGGUGGAGUAUCUACUCAGAGCAAUGGUGAUUUUUCACCAUUUGGUAACAACAUUAGUAUACACGCCCCCACCGAUAACUUUUACGGAGUCAAUCUGUCCAAUACGCAAGUGAACGAGCACCAGCAGCAGCAGCCGCAGUCACAACAACCACAACCAAAUUUGACUUCUUUCAGGGGUAACAAUGAUGAAAAUGAGUCGGUUAUUGGAGGACAAGAGAAUUUUUUCAAAUAG